AUGCGUCUCAUCCACGCCGAGAAAUUAGAGCUCGAAUACGUCGCCACGCCCGACGAAAAAGCCUACGCCAUCCUCUCGCACACAUGGCUCAGACCCAGCCAGCAAGAGGUCACUUUCCAGGACUUCUCCGACCCUGCCGUCCGCGCUACCAGGCCAGGCUUUCACAAGAUCCGCGAGUGUUGCAAGCUUGCGGUGGAGAACGGGCUGCAGUAUGUCUGGGUCGACACCUGUUGCAUCAACAAAGACAGCAGCGCCGAGCUGCAGGAGGCGAUCAACUCCAUGUACUCGUGGUAUGAGAAAGCGGAGGUGUGCUUCGCCCUCCUGGACGAUGCAGGAGGGGCGUUGAGCCAGUGCAGAUGGUUCACGCGCGGGUGGACGUUGCAGGAGUUGCUGGCGCCGAAGGAGGUGCGGUUUUACCAGUUGGAAGAGGGUCAGACGAGAUUUCUGGGCACAAGGGAGAGUCUCGCUGCGCAGAUCAGCGGCGUCACUAACAUUGAUGAGUGCUAUCUGACGAAGGAGAAAAGUACGGAUCAAGCGAGCGUUGCGCACAGGAUGAGCUGGGUCUCGGGGCGUCGAACGGAGAAGAAGGAGGACAUGGCGUAUUGCAUGCUCGGCCUCUUCGACGUCAGCCUCCCACUUCUGUACGGCGAAGGAUGGGGCGCUUUCCGUCGUCUGCAAGAAGCCAUCAUCGCGAAAUCCGACGCGAAUCGAUCUUCGCCUGGCAGGCCACUCGCGAUGCAAACGAUCCCAAUGAUGUCCAGCCUCGAGGCAUGA